UCUUCAUGUUGCUGCUUCACGGUGCUACUCCCAAUAAACAAAAAUGGCGACGGAUGAAGACGAUUAUAUGUCUGAUACUUUUCUCAACCAACUAGUGGACGUUCGACCUGGAAUGCCGAUGGUGAAACGCGUAAAGGAUGCUCUGAGAAGAGAGGCGCUUCACAAAGAGAAAACCAUUCAGAACAAACAGAAAAGCUACAAGCAGCACGAACGGGAGAGUCGAGAUGCAGCUCUGCAGAGUUCCUUAAGCAGUGAAAACAAAGGCUUUGCAUUGCUACAGAAGAUGGGGUACAAAGCUGGACAAGGCCUAGGAAAACAAGGCGCUGGUCGAGUUGAACCUAUUCCUCUUAACAUCAAAACAGAUAGAGGGGGCAUUGGAAUGGAGGAACUCAAAAAAAGGAAGGCAGAAGAGGAAUUGGAAAAUUUUCGGAAAAAAGUGCAAGUAAAACAACAGAUGGAGAAGAAAUCUCUUGAAGACUUCAGGGAUCGCAAGAAAACAGAAAGAGAAAAGCGACAAACAGAAGGAGACCUGAGAAAGAGCCAACGGGCCUGUGAACAGCUUGACAGUGAAAAGGGUAUAAAUGUACCAAAGGAUAAUUGGUACUGGCCUGAAGUAAUUAAUGACGAGGCUGAGCAUAUCGAAGAGGAGUCCAGCAGUGAGGGGAAUGAAGAUGAGGAUGAGGAAGAAUUGACGCCAUUAGACAAGCUUCAGUAUGUCACAUCAUACUUAAGGGGGGUGCAUUUCUAUUGCAUAUGGUGUGGGACAGCAUACAAUGAUGAGGAGGAUUUAAACUCAAAUUGUCCUGGUGAUACAGCAGCAGACCAUGAAGAUUAAACCUGGAGCACUUAAUAUGUUGUCAAUUUAUUCUGUCUUUUUCUUUAUUUUUCUUGUAGUUCUUUGGUUCUUGUUGUAUUUUUUAAAUGAUAUGUAUAUAAUAAUGUAUUACUAUAACAAAUUUGACUAUCUCUGGUUAAAAAAGAUGUUUUGACUGUGAUUCUAUCCCUAGACAACUUUUACUUGUCCAUUUGUCAUGAAAUGUUCACACAAUGUAAAGGGCAGCUGGCUUUUUUUAAAUGCUGCAAAGAAAUAAAAACAAUUCUUCAUUCCGA